UCACUGUUUGCUUGCCCUCCCCCUGGUGUUGGCCCCGCUGCCUCGGGGUGGGGGAGGUCGUGAAGGGGGCGAUAAAAUGGCGCAGGGGGCGGAGUGAGGUGCUGCCGCUCGCCCAGGCUUUGGCCCGGCUUCCGGAGGAAGGUGGGAGUCAAUCACUUUGACAAGUCUCCUGAAAGGAACAGCCAGCAGGAGUUGAAACCUUUUUCCAUUUGGUCUCGUGGCAAAGGCAGAGAUUGCUCCAGCAGCUCCACACAAUAUGACGUGCUCACUAUUACCCUCUGAACAGUCUUCUGGUACCUCUUUUCUGCCUAAAGACAAUGCCUCAUUUUCUUGGGGUUCCUCGGAUGAAGAUGAGUUGGAUGACUCCUUGUUGGAGUUUUCUGACGGAGAAGAAGAUGAUGGCCAUUUCAGUUUCACAGAAGAAGAGAUUGAGAUGCUCUUGAAGGACGAUGAUGGUGGGCAUAAUGAGUAUAGAGCGAGAAAGAGUCAAAUUCUACCCCAUACUCCUCAAGAAAAUUCUUUGUACAGCUUGGGACCAGCAGCUGAAACCCCUGGCUUCCUCAAACUACCUCAACUAAGUCCAUCAGUUGGUCAUGGGCCAACUCCUAGUAAAUCAUUAAACAGACACUUUGUACUUGAAAAGAAUCUUAUAAAAGUAACUGUUGUUGCACCAUUUAAUCCAACAGUUUGUGAUCCUGUGCUUGAUAAAGACAAGAUCGAUUCCUCCAAAGAAACGGAAAAACCUGCCUCCCUUCAGGAACAGACGAGAGAAGACGAUCUUCAUCCUAAUGAGAGUAAACGUUGCACUGAACCUGAAGGGGUCAGUCCCAAUAACUCUGCUUGGGAUGGGCCCCUGCUUUCUUCUCCUUCAAAUAAUAACAUCGAACAAACUGCCUCAGAUAAAAAUAUACCUGAAAGUAAGAAACCUACCCCUGUGUUCUCUCAGAUCUCCAACCAUUCAGAAGUACCCAACAGGAAAAAUAGUGGAUCACACAAAUCAGGUUGUGAAGUGAGAAUUCCAGUUGUGUCCAGUUCAUCAAACAGACAUGCCUUUGACAAGGAUUCUGGGGAGGCGAAAGGUGAGAGAAGACUAGGCAAAGUCAUCCCUGUGCUACAAACCAGGACUAGGAUGUUUUCACAAUCAGAUCUAGAAAAACAGAAGGACAUUUAUCUCAGCAAAGUCAUUGCUCAUAUAGAAGACCCAGGGGACUCUAACCAAGGAUGAAUGCCUAGAAGUGGAAUUAUUAGGGUUUCUCUGUGUAGCACUAGCUAUCCUGGAACUCACAGAGAUCUACUGCUUCUGCCUCCUGAGUACCGGGAUUAAAGGCGUGCACCACCACCACUGCCUGGCUUAAAUAAUACUUUUUGUUUGUUUGUGUUUUCUAGAUAGGGUUUCUCUGUAUGUAGCUCUGGUUGUCCUGAAGCUCUGUAGACAAGGCUGUGAGAUCCACUUACUUCUGACUCCUGAGCACUGGGUUAAAAGUGUAUGAAACCACACCCAGCUCAAUAUUACUUCUUCCGAUCAUCGAAUGUCUGGUCCACAUUCCAGUUUCUGAAAUCGUUCCCAGUGUCCCUAGGUAACUUGAGGCAGAAUCUGUUGAAGGUUAGGUUCCCGUCCUUAGUUGUCAUCUCAGUCUCUUUUCUCAUUCUGAAUUUUGAUCACUUCUUUAGUGCCGUUUAGUUUGAUUUUCAUUUCCCUUAUUUCUGUAAACUAGAAGCAGGAUUAGAUUUAGAUUCAACAUUCUGAGCAGAACUAGUUUAGAGGGCUUAGGUGCCUUUGUGCUCAGUAAACCUUAACACUUAGUGGAGGCUAAUGUUACAGAGUUUGUUAAGGUGUUAGUGGACUUUCCAUUGUCAGGUACAUUUGUACCCUGUAAUUACCAUUGUUUAUAGGUGAUGCCUUAGUACCAUAUCACAUGAAUAUCCUAUUCCCCUACAAACUAACUUCACCUAAUGGUUUGAGCAUUCAUUAAUAAUCUUCAUCUGAAUUAGCUGUUAUAUCAGGAUAUAGUGUUUUUACUCCCACCUCUCUCUAUAUAGUCUUUAGUCUUUCUAUUUUAGAAUAUGUAUUUAUUGACAGUUUUUUGCAUGUGUAUAAUGUAUUUUGAUCGUAUCCACCUACACCCCACUCAUUUCCUUACAUACAUGCUAAAUAUAUAUUCUCCCAGUGAGCUAUAUUCCAGCCUCAUGGAUCUAUAGUUAUGUUUAUAGUUCCUAAAUCCACUUAUAAGUGGCAUGCAAGUCAGGUAGUCAGUCAUGGAAGUCUCCAGAAUUUUUCAUACUCCAAAUCUGAAACUCUGUGCCUGUCAAUAAGCAGCUCCCUUCUCUGCACACCCUAGUCCCUGGUCAGUAUCAUUCUGUUUUCAGUUAUUAUGAAUUUGACUACUUUAGAUCUUUGGUAUCGAUGAAAACAUACAAACUUUGUUUUCUUAGAAGUGACUUAUUACAAUUAAUGUGUUCAAGACUUGUUCACGUGGCACAUGACAGUCACUCUUUUUUUUUUUCUUUUCUUUUUCUUUUUUUUUUUUUUGGUUCUUUUUCGGAGCUGGGGACCGGAACCCAGGGCCUUGCGCUUCCUAGGCAAGCGCUCUACCACUGAGCUAAAUCCCCAACCCCGACAGGCACUCUUUCAGCGUCUUUUGUUGUGUAUGUGUACAACUCGUUGGCCUGGCUGUUAUGAAUAAUGCUGUUGUGAACAUAGGUCUCUAUGCAUGUCCUUUGGAGAGCUUGCCCUAGUUUGUUUUUGUAGUCUGUUCGUUUGUUUUAAGAUGGGGCUCUCGCUUGGUAGUUCAGUCUGACUUGAAACUCAUUGUAUAGUACAGGUCAGCUUCAAAUUUGUGGUUAUUCUCCUAAGCUUAGCCUCCUGAGAGCUAAGAUUACAAAUGAGCCACCAUGUUUAGCUCAAUUCUUUGUGAUACAUAUCUAAAAGUAGAUCAAGUGGUAGUUUUAUUUCUGUAUGUUUUGAAGACUUUCCCUACCAUUUAAUCUAAUUUUUGUCAUUGAUUCUUCUAUCUUAUGAAUUAUAUCUUUUGGUGUGCUAAGAAAUCUUUGUCUAACUCAAAGUCAGAAUUACUGCCUUAUCUUUUACAGCCUUAGCUAUGAGAGUUAGAUCUAUUACCAAUUCUAAAAUUAUUUUAUACAUAGUUCACAGUGGUUUUGUUGUUUUUUCUUUAUUUUUUUAAUUUUUGAAAAUGACAUUUGACUUUCUAUCUGAGUAGUUAUGUGCCACAGCAUGAGUGUAGAAGGCAGAGAACAACUUCGAGUCAGUUCUUUACUCUCACUGUGCGGUGUUAGAGGAGCGACCUCAGCUCAUCAGCUUGGCAGGCAGCACUGUAUCUCUGAACUAUUUUGUUGGCCUGAAUUUUAGUUGUUUCUUUACUAUUAUGAGGACAACUCACUUUUGACCAAGUUACCUCUGUAUCUCUGUUGAAAAUCAAUUAAUCCGGGACUGGGGAUUUAGCUCAGUGGUAGAGCGCUUGCCUACCAAACACAAGGCCCUGGGUUCGGUCCCCAGCUCCGAAAAAUAGAAAAAAGAAAAAAAAAAAAAAAGAAAAGAAAAGAAAAGAAAAUCAAUUAACCCAAGGCUAUAGGGAAAAAAAUUAAUAUGUUCUGUUAAUUUUAUUUUGCAGUUAUUUGGUCAUUAUUUUCUUUGUAUUGAUACAUACAUUUUAUUGAAUUUUUGUUUUAUUAUGUAUAGGUGUAUUUUGCCUGAAUGUGUACACGUGUCCUCAGUUAGAUGAGAGCAUUGUACCCCCUGAAACUGGAGUUAGAGGAUGGUUAUGAGCUGCCAUGGGAGUGUUGGAAAUUAAACCCAGGUCCUCUGGAAGAGCAACCGAUGCUCUUACCCACUGAGCCAUCAGUUCCACUCCCAACAGAUACAUUUUAGAAUCAGCCUAUCAAUUUAUUUAAAAAGCCUGCUUGGACUUUUAUUAAAAUUGCAUUGAAUUUAUAGAAAUUGGGUAAAAUUUAGCAAGAAUGAGCAUUUUGAUCCUUAAUUAUUCAAAUCUCUAGUUUCUUUCAGCAGUAUUUUGUAACCUCCAGUGUCUUCAAGCUGUUCUGUAGCCCAGACUGGCCUUAAACUACUUAUUCUCCUGCUUUUGCACUCUGAGUGAUAGCCUCACAGGUUUGAGCCUCUAUGUAGAGCUGUUUUAUAGCUUUUAAUGUACACCCUAGCACAUCUUUGGUAUCCCUUAGCACUUUAUAUGGUAAUGCUUUUGUCAAAGAUAAUAUUUUAGAAAUUGAGUGUCUUUUUAGGUAUGAUAGCACACAAGUGUGAUCUCAGCAUUCAGGAGGUUGAGGUAGGAAGAUGAGGGAUUUGAGACCAGCCUGAAUACAUACGAUCCUGUCUCAAAAAAAAGGAAAGCACCUCCUACACACACACAAAUAACUACUUGUCCUGUGAGAGUAUAUAAAAAUUCAGUUGAUUCUUAUAUAGUAAUCAAAACUUGCUUGCUAGGUCUUUGAAUAGAUUUCAUCAAGGAGCUGGAUGUGUUAGCUCACACUUUCAAUCCCAGCGCAUGGGAGGCAGUGGCAGGCGGAUCUCUGAAAACUGGGGCCAGGGCUAUGUAGAAAGACCCUGUCUCAAUAAUAAUGGAAGAGUCUUCCUUCCUUUUUUCCCUCCCUCCUUUCUUUGCGUGUGUGUUUGUGAAUGCAUAUACCUGUGCAGAGGCAGGGGAAGACUGCUAAUAUACUCUUCAUACACUGCCAUACUUCAUCAAACUUCAAGCCUCUGGGUUAGGUUAGGUUGGCUAAAUGAUCUCUCACGAUCCUAGAUCCAUCAGUCCCUUCUAGCUCUGGACUUUAGGCAUGCGUGGCCGCACACACUUUGUUUUAUUUGUUUCUCUUUGUAGUGCUGGCUGUCCUGGGUUGCUGCUAUAUGUAGACUAGGCUGGCCUUGAACUCAGAGAUCUGCUUGCCUCUGUCUCCCAGUAGCCAGGGCUAAAGGUGUAGGCUACCACACAUGAUCCUAGCUUGGCUGCUGGAGACUCAAACUCAGGUCCUCUUCCCUGCCCUUCAUCAGGUAUUUUUUGCUUUUUUGUUUUCUUUUGAGACAGAGUCUCAAUCUUUUUUUUUUUUUUUUUUUUCUUUUUUCUUUUUUUUCGGAGCUGGGGACCGAACCCAGGGCCUUGCGCUUGCUAGGCAAGCGCUCAACCACUGAGCUAAAUCCCCAAUCCCCAGAGUCUCAAUCUUAACUAUGUUCUGGAACACAGGUUUACAGAGAUCUGCCUGUUUAUGCCUCUGGAGUGCUGGGAUUAAAGGCCUAUGCCACCAUGCCUGGGCUAUUAUCAGGGCUAUACAGAUAACUAUGUUGUUAGCAAAUGUGCUUUUAUUUGUUUUUUAUUUGCUUUUUUACCAUACUGCAUCUAAGUACAACAUUUAAUACAAGUAAUGAAAUCUUUGUUUUCAGUAUUAGGGGAAAACAUUGAAUCUUUACCAGUUAUAGAGUUUUCUGUAAGUUUCUCUUCAGUAUACCUUAUUAAUUUAAAAAUAGUCCUUCAGUUAUAGUUUGAAAGUUUCAUUGGAAAUAUUUCAUUGAAAAUGGAUAUAUUUAAAUAUUUUAAAUGUGCCUACUGAAAUUAUCAUAUAGUAGUUAAUUCUGCUAAUGUAGAGUUAUAGUUGAUUUUUUACUUUUUUCAGUGUUAACCUAUUUUUUAUUUCUGGUUUUAUGUAUAUUUCCAAGUAUCUUAGCCUAAUAUAUUAAUAUAUGUUGGAUUGAUAACUAUUUAUUUACAGAUAGUCUGGGUGUGUGUGUAUGAGAGGUGCAGUGUCUGUGUGUCUGUGUGUGUGUGUGUGUGUGUGAGAGAGAGAGAGAGAGAGAGAGAGAGAGAGAGAGAGAGAGAUUUUGAUGUCCCUGUGUAGCCCUGGAUGUCCUGGAGUUCUCUUUCACAGAUAGCACUUUGGUGUAGUUGUGGUAGGGUUUGUGUUUGUUUGUUUGUUUUGUUUUUUGAGACAGGCUCUCCUACAACCCAGGCUGGCCUUGAACUCAUCAUACUUGGGGAUGACCUGAGCUGCUGAUCCUCCUCUGCUUUCAUCUAUGAACAUCUGGGAUAGCUUUUUUCAUUUACUAAUGUAUUUUUAAAAUUCUCUCAAUAAUGUUUUGGCUUUUAUUAUUAUAAGUCUUGUACACAUUUUGUUAAGUUCAUUCAUAAGUAUUCCAUGCUUUUUUAUGCUGUAAUAAAUAUUUUACUUUUUUAUUAUAUAGUUGGUUAUUUCUGGAAUAUAGAAAUACUGAUUUUUAUAUUUUGACUAUAUAAACUAUGCUGAAUAUAUUAUAUAAAUUAUGCUGAAUUUUCAUGUUUUAUGAACUUUUUUAUAGAUGUUUUUAGAAUUUGUUGUGUUCUGAUAUCUGUAAAUAAAGACAGUUGCUUUCUUUCCAAUUUAUAAGCCUUUUAUUUUUCUUGCCUUACUGUACUGCCUGUGGUCCUGAGCACAUUGAAAGUGAUGUAGGUUUAUCGUAUAUGCUCUUAGCAGGUUAGGAAAAUUCCCUUCUGAUGAUGUGAUCAUUUUUAUCAUGAAUAAGUAACACAGUUUGUUAAAUGCAUUUUCUACAUUUAUUUAUUGCAUUUACAAAUGCUCUAAUAGUAUUUUUCUUUUAUUCUGUAUUAUAUUAUUUUACAUUGAUUGAUACAUUGAGAUUUGUGAUUCUAGAAACUGAAUUCCAGGACUUGCAUAUGCUUCUAUUCUGUUAGGCCAACUUGCAUAAACUUUCUUAGUCUUAAAUCACCUUUA